AAAUUGGUCCCAGUAUUACUGGCGCUAUCGUCGUUCUUUUCGGAAGGGAAACUUCUUUUGAUUUAUAUACCUUGGUAUUGACAAGAACACAUUCAAGACUUUGCAUUAUUGAAUAUUUUGAUAUAAUGGAGUUCUAAAUAUGGUUUUCAACUAUCCAAGUCAGUCUUCAUUAGUCUUCAAGAGAAAAGUCCCCUGUGAUGGAAAACUUGCUAGUGCGCUUUCCAAUGAACGCUCAGCGCCUCAGCAGCUCAGAAAGAAAAGAUGGCAGAACGUGCAUCAGCCUGCAGGGAUCUUCAUCAAGUCAUAGGUCCAUAACCAACCGUUCUCAAGCCAGGUCCAGACAGUCAAAGAAAUAUCACAAAGGACGAUAUGACCUUGAUUCUAAUUAUGAUGCGAGCUAUAGCCAUAAAAACUUGACGAAAGGUUCUGACAAGAAUCAUUCAGGAACACAUUUAGAUGGCUACAUACAUGCUUCAUUCCAGUUCAAAAUGCUUCCUGGGUGUACGUAUUUACAGAAUACUUGUGAUGAAACAUCCCCACAGUGGGAUGAAGUUGCCCUAAUAAGAGUAUUAAAUAAAGGUGAUUUAGCAUGCCCGAUAUGUCUGUAUUCACCCGUUACACCACGAAUGGGCAAGUGUGGUCACGUGUACUGCUGGCCUUGUGCAAUGCAGUAUAUCAAAUAUGAGAAUAAUUCAACCGACAAAAAGUGCGCCGUAUGCUCCUGUUUGUUAUCGUUCGACGAUCUGAAAAGGGUAUCACUGGUUCCUAUCACUCAAAUAAAACACGGUGACAUUUUAAGUCUGGCACUUGUCAAGCGCUUGGGACCAUAUGUGGUGCGUUGUUUGUCUUCUCAAAAAGGUGAAAAUACGCCGGAGUCCACUUUCCAGUGCGUUUGCAUCGCCGACUUGACAUCAAUGAGGAAGUUCAUUGAAACUGAUAUCAAUGAUCUGAGUACGCAUAGAGCCAUAUGCGAAAUCGAUUGGAGCAACACAGAACUAAUCCCAUUCAUUGAUUUGCUACUCAACAAACUGAGACACGAAAUGUCUACAAAAUUUAGCAGUAACAAUGAAGCUAAAUUUGCGGAGUGCAGUAUUCGGUAUGAUCAUCCACACUCUACCAACCAGCUUUACUUUUACCAAGCUGCGGAUGGUCAGCCUAUUUUCCUGGAUGGUUUGGCUUGGAGAUGUUUGUUGACUGAGUACAAAAAUAUAGAAAACCUUCCAGAAGAGAUUGCUGCUACUGUCGUCUCAGUCAAGAAUUGUCGAAUGGACCCAGUUUUGCGCAAACGUUUACGUUAUCUCAACUAUUUACCAGAUGGCUACGCUUUCAGUUUGGUUGAAAUCGAGUUAAAACCACCGUUGGUAUCUGAAUUAACGUUGUCUCGCUACGCGACCGUCCUCAAUAAUCGUGCAAUAGAGCGAAAUCGAAGUCACCUGGAAGAUUUGAAACUAACUGAGUUGAAAGAAGCUGCUGAAAACCAAUUCAUGUCACUGCCUCCAGGUUUUGUUUUGAGUGGUCAUGCGGCCUUAUCAGACAAGCAAGAAGUUCAGCUUGACCCAUCCGAUUUUGUCCCUCUUUCGUCUCUGUCGGAAAACUUGAAACCGAAGAGUACCUUACCAAUCAGUUUUGCUGAGGUCUCUCGCGCAGGUGCACUUAAUGUUGUUGGUCCAGAUCGUGUUGCGCAUUUCUCACGCAGUCCUCCUAAACCAUCACCUGCUAAGGGUUUUCAUAUCAAUUCCGAACGCUGGCCUACGUUAGGGGAAUCUUCGAAAGGUGAGGGCAGUUCCGGCCACACAAGUCAACGGGUCAAAUUAAGCGACUUCGUUUCCAGCUCUAAAACAUACGUAAAUGCUUCGAAAAACAAACAGCAUUCAUCUAGUGCUUAGACUUAAUCUUACUUAUUAUGCUAGAAAAGAAUUGUAACGCUAAAGAUAUUUCUCAGUUUUUGUCUAAAAAAGUAUGUAGUGUGAUUAUAUUGUUUUUACACCAGUUACAUAUCAGCUACGAAAUUUUUUCCCGCUUGCUUUUUCAUGUAGUGAUGUCUUUACUACCAUAACAUACAUCUAACUUGCUUCGGAAGCGGGACUAGCAAACACAAGUGCGUUUGGCAGAUUAAUGACGAUUUUGUUGGCCUUUGUCUUAAGUUGUCAACCGUCGAAAGACAACUUAUAUAGACUGUGACGUGAUCAUGGGAGGUCAUCACAUUGCAAUCGGUCUCAGAUGUAUCCCGCAGUAAAAAAUGUGUUGUCUACCGGAUAACGUUUCCGACAAUUCAUUAUCCGUUAUCAUAUUCACCACUUUAAGACAUUGCUUAUACUGUUUUGAUCUUUUCCCCCUCUUUAUGGUAGGACUUGUAAGAUUCCCAGAUAUCUGGAGCAUUUGCUGAACCAUUCCUGUUGCAUGGAUUCGGUGUUACUCCGAUAAAUAAAGAUUCAGUUACCAAUGUCUCUCCAUCCCGCCAAGUUAGUUUUAAG